AUGAUGGAAUACGCUGAUUCCUCUGUGUAUUUUCCAUUUACAUUUACUCAACAAGACAUUGACAAUGUUCUUUACGGAUACAUUCGCACUCCAGAAAAAACAAACAAUGGAUUUGCAUUGUCUGGAAUCUACAUCAACGCACCAAACAGUGGUAAGCAUGCGCAGGUGACUCUUCAUGAUUGGUUAAUGGGGAGGGCUGGUUGAACAUUUGAAUAAGUAGCGCUUAAUGAUUAACAUAAGAAAACAGUGGUUUUAAUAAGUUGACCGAGUUUACCUUGCCGCAAUUUUUUAAUGAAAUGUCGUAAAUAAUCAUAAAUUUUGUUAAUUUGCCUUCCUUUGCUGUGACAUUGGUCUGGAAAACUGGCAUCUCAUUGCAUUCUAAAACUAUAUAGUUUUGCUGGAGACAAAUAAUUGACUCUGCUAUAUUUCCACGAGUUAAGCAUUUGCAUGAGAAACCGCUAAACUUCUGAGGCUAAAAUGUGACAUCUGACAGAAUCUUUUCAAUUGAAGAAAUCCAGUGGAACCCAUGGCUUGCCAACAUUUCUCAAGUUCAUCAAGAAACAACCACGUGCCACCCCAUGCCAUAUAUGGAGUUGUUUCAUGAAGAGCUGUACGUUCAAAACUUACCUGAGACUGUAAAAAUUGUGGAGACAGUUUUACCGACUGGAAGACACAGAGCAGUGUUUUGUGGCCAGCGGAGGAUUUCCAAAGGAACACGGUUUGGUCCGUACACGGGGAGUAUUGUUUUACCGCUGGAUUUGAGAUCACUGGAAAAGAACUGCGUCUGGGAGGUAAUUUGCAUAUAGGUCAUUUUCACAUGACGCCAUGGUGACCAAAUUGGUUACCAAAACGAAAGAACAGCGGUCAUAUUGAUGUCCAAAGAACACAGUACUGUCAGCACUAAGUUUACUUCAGAAUGAAUAGAUUUGUAGACGCCGAUAUGCGUGUUUACUUGGUUUUUUCAGAUUUGAUAUUUUUAUCACUUUAGACUGUAACAAAGCUAAAAUAAGAGAACUCGAAUUCUUUUAUAAAACUGAAUUUUAUCCAAUGAGGCCAACCAAAUCUAACUAUUCUGCAUUGAUGGAGCACUUUGUCAGUAAAAUUGAAAGCUUACAGUCUUUCGUAUUUGUUAAUAUUUCAGAUAUUUCAAGACGGAGAAUUGACACAUUAUGUAGACGGAGCAGGCGACCAAACAAACUGGAUGAAAUACGUCAAUUGUGCAAGGCACGAGGCCGAGCAGAACUUGGUACUCAUUCAAGAAGAUGGAGAGCUGUUUUAUGAAGUCUCCAAGGACAUUGCUGAAGGAAGCGAACUUUUGGUUUGGUAUGGGGAUAGCUACCUUAAAUAUAUGGGUAUUCCCAUCACCAUGAAAACCAAAAUGACCAAGAUGGACAAUGAAGGAGGAAUCGGUACGGAAUUAGGCUUGUAUUUUAUCAUUCAAGUAACAUUUAAAGAAAGUUUAAACGAAGUUUUUCAGCCGGUCACAAGUUUGUUGGGAAAAUGGUUGAGUUUGACUUUAUGGACUUUUCAGCGAAUCCCUGACCUCGUAAUAAGAAAAAAAAUCCAAUUUUUGCCAUGAGAAAUGUUCUUUAAUGGAUGUAAAUUGCACAAACGAUCGAAAGGCGUAAGAUAAAUCCAAUUACUAGCCUGUACUCAUUUGUCUAACAGGUAAUUUAAAAUCUCACCCAAACAAGUUUAUUCCAAAAUAAACGAUACCAACAUCAAUGAUGACGUCGAGGAAACAGCUACAAUUUUCAAUUUCUUUCUUUCCUUCCAAAAAACUGAUUUCAAGAAAGGCUUAAAUCUAUUCCUGAUAAUAUGUCUGUUUGAAUUCACUCUGCACGCUGUCAGCACUAGCCACAUUAUUUCUCCUGUACCCCGCAUGAGAUGUUCCCGCAGGCAAAAUUCGUAACAUAGGUUGAAAAUUCCAGAGACCAUUACACAAUCUCUGGACACGGAAGUGAGCUAUAAUUUACUGACGGAGGACUUCAUAGCGAUGAUGUUUCUGUGUGAAUCUAGUCCUCGCUUGAUUAAACUUAAUCUAGUUGACUGUGAGCUUAUUUCAAUCUCAUUUUCCAUCAGGUGGAGACAGCUUUGCUUGUGACCGUUGUGGUAAAGUUUUCGCCUACAAAUAUUACCGUGACAAGCACCUCAAGUACACACGAUGUGUCGACCAAGGUGACCGGAAGUACCCAUGCCACCUAUGCAACCGCUCCUUCGAAAAGCGUGACCGUCUUCGCAUACAUAUCUUGCAUGUCCAUGAAAAACACAGACCUCAUCAAUGCAAUCAGUGUGGUAAGCGGUUUUCACAGUCCUCGAGCUUAAACAAGCAUUUAAGGGUACACAGUGGGGAAAGGCCGUAUAAGUGUCCCUAUUGUAUCAAGGCGUUCACUGCGUCAUCCAUUCUACGGACCCACAUCCGACAACACAGCGGAGAAAAGCCAUUUAAAUGCCGACAUUGUGGAAAAGCGUUCGCCUCCCAUGCAGCUCAUGAUAGUCACGUGAGACGCACGCAUACCAAAGAGAAGCCUUGCAUCUGUGAAUUCUGCGGCAAAGCGUUUGCGCAGUCGUAUGAACUUAAAUUUCACAUGAACAUGCACACAGGUGAGAAACCAUACACCUGUGAAAAAUGUGGCCGAGGAUUUUCAAGCCCUUCGUCUCGUGAUCGCCAUCGAUCAAAUUUUGAUUGCACCACUCGGAAAAACCGAGCUCCGAAGAUGAUGCGAAAGGGUUCCGAAGGAAAUGAGAGUGACUUGAAUGGCGCAGACGCAGACGGGUUUAUAGCCGAGGAGGAACAAGUUAAAUAACUUCUGCUACUUAUCUAGUAGCUUACAAUUUCAAAUAUCAAAAUUCAUAAGAUUUGAAAUUUUUUCAAACGGGUGUAAAGUUUAUCAAUUCAUGCUUGAAAUAAGAAACUAUCUAUUUCGAGCUGUCAGGGACAGAAUUGUCACCUGGUUGCACGCCGCGCAACCUCCAGACGGUUGGGUAAAAAAGAACUGAGAGAGACAACACCAGAAAAAGCAGACAUUAUAAUAAAAGGAGCUGAAGUACAGAAGACUGUUUGAAGCUUACAUUUUUUCAAUUAUUUAUCUAUCCAUUUAUUAAUAACAAUUUAAUAGGUAAUUUAAAUGGAAAUCAAACAGAACUAAAGUUCAAGCCAUCUUAACCCCAAAUAAAAACAGAAAAUCAUGUUAACUAGUAAAACAGAAUAGAAAUAUGCCUUGGUUCCUUCACCAAGGAAACCUUUUUCAAUC